AUGAAUAAUGCUGUUGACAUUAUAACGGAGAACGCUGCAGGCACAUACAAAAGUGAACGAGUCAUUGAAGGGCCACAAGGUGUUCUCGUAAAAGUCAAGGGACAGUCAAAGCCCGUUCUGAACUUCUGCGCCAACAACUACCUCGGACUCAGCAGCCACCCUGAGGUAAUCAAAGCCGGACAAGAAACUUUGGCUGGACAUGGAGCAGGUCUCUCUUCAGUCAGAUUUAUCUGUGGUACACAGGAUAUCCAUAAGCAACUCGAAUCCAAAAUUGCUCAGUUCCACGGUAUGGAUGAUGCAAUUCUGUACGCUGCCUGCUUCGAUGCAAAUGGUGGUGUGUUCGAGGUCCUGACAGACCCCAACGACGUCAUCAUUUCCGACGAGUUGAACCAUGCCUCAAUCAUCGACGGAAUCAGACUUAGUAAAGCGAAGAAGAUGCGAUUCAAGCAUAUGGACAUGGCUGAUUUGGAAGAGAAACUGAAAGAAAAUCAGGAGGCACGUCAGCGAGUGAUCGUGACCGAUGGAGUAUUUUCUAUGGAUGGAGAUGUUGCACCACUGAAAGAGAUUUGCGAUCUAGCAGACAAGUACAACGCCAUUGUGCUCAUCGAUGAAUGCCAUGCCAGCGGAUUCUUUGGCCCCACAGGCAGAGGAACUGAGGACGCUCUAGGAAUCAGAGGACGUGUCGACAUUAUCAAUUCGACAUUGGGUAAAGCUCUUGGUGGUUCUAUGGGAGGAUACACCACUGGUCCCAAGCAACUGAUCGACCUUCUCAGACAGAGAUCCAGACCAUACCUGUUCUCAAACUCGCUAGCUCCAAGCAUCGUGGGAUCCAGUAUCAAGGUCUUUGAUCUUCUCAUGAACGAUCCCUCAUUCAUCGGUUCACUGAAAGCAAACGUUCAGCGAUUCAGAUCUAAAAUGACAGCACUCGGCUUCAAAGUCCUCGGCAACGACAGCACCCAUCCGAUCUGCCCGGUUCUUUUGGGAGAUGCCAGACUGGCUUCCGAAAUGGCUGAUGCCCUACUCCAGAAAGGGAUUUACGUCAUUGGUUUCAGUUACCCAGUAGUACCCACUGGAAAGGCCCGUAUAAGAGUUCAGAUUUCCGCAGCUCAUACGACCGAACAAAUUGAUACUGCCAUCAAUGCCUUCGAAGAAGUCGGAAAGAAGCUCGGUGUUAUUUAA